UAAAAUUUCACUUAAUGUUUAUCUUAGCCAGCUUCUUAUAACCUUGAAUUUUUUAUCUCUUUGCACUGGACUGAUGACAUGGCUAGAAUACUUUGCAGUUUUCUUUAAACACGAACUGGGAGUUAGCUUUCUGUUAUCAGUAAAAAGUAUGAGUUGAUGCUAGUUUUAAUGAGGACUUUUUACUGUUUAUGAGAUAGGCUUUUGGGCCAAGCAAGACCUACAACCAGUCAUAACUGUGGCAGUCUUGCAUCUGUACCAGAAAGUGAGAAUACUGUCUUUAAAGUCAGUUUCAGACAGGAACAGUCAUUGUGAACCAUAGUGUCAAAAUUUUAACACAAAGGAACACUUCUUUUUACCAGUAUACAUUUAAUAUGACAAGGGGACCUAACAAACAUGAAUGAACCCUGAUAUUUAAUGUAUAUUUGAGCAUAUGAUUGCAAAGCAUUUUAUCUACAUUGAUUCACAUUUCUCUUCAGUUAAGUUGAUUUCGUAGAAACAUUAUGACCAGGGCUAUCAGUUUCCAUAGGAAUUGGUUCCCAGUAUUUUUAUUCUGUUGUGAACAUUGACAUUGUGUUUCUGUUGUCUGUUUUCUGCCUUGAAAUGAUUCCUAAAGAUUGUGCUCUUAUCCUAAGACUGAAUUUUUUUGCAGGUGUCUUGGUUGGGGAACUUUCAUCAAAAACUUUGCUAAAGUUGAUGUCUGUUUUUCCAGCUUAGAAUAAUAGGAGACAUCCAAACAUGGAUUCUCUUAUUGCUUGGAAGGCAGAAAUCAGGUGACAUAUUUUUCUGUCAUCAUCUCCCUUAGACUCUUUGUCAGUUCAUUCCUGCCUUCACUCAAAGCAGAAAUUAAUAUUUCUUCUGUUUUCUGCUUAGCUCAGAGCUUCUUGAUUGUGUUUCUUCUUGUUCUCCCUUUUAUUUUCCUUUUGUAUUUUCAAGUGUUUAUUUUUCCACUGUUCUGUUUUUCCUUCUUACCCUUCUUCUCAUAUUUUCUUUGAUGGCUGCAAUGGGAAAAUGGGUCAGUAAGCCUGAUUUACAAAAAGGGAAACAUGUAAGAAUUGUUAGGAAGAAGCUUUCCUGUGAAGGAAACUGGCACAAUGAGUUGCCUCUCUCUAAGGUCUGCUAGAACCACAAGAGCCCUUCCCUCUAAAGAAUGGAUCUCAUUAUCUCCAGCAUCCACCAUGGUGGGGGAUCCUCAGUCUAUUUAGAAUCCUCCCUUGUGGAUAGUCAUGUCUUAAUGCUUUCAAAUGAGCCCAUGAUUUUGGGAGCAGGCAAAAUUUUCCAGGGUAAUGGAAAAUGUGCACUAUUUGCAAAUGGCAGCACUGUUAGCAAUGCUAUUAAUGGCCACCAGAGGGUACAAAAGGGCAAUUUUAGUAAUCUUGGACUACUUUUAAUUGCAGAGGAAACUUUGGUUGAAAGUUUUGAUUCAGCAUCAAUUUGCCAAGUUUUUUGGGGCCCUCAGAAGGCAACAAAAGCUUUCAGAGCCCAUCUUUUUCUUAGCUGUCUGCCUACUUUUCUGGAAAGAUUUUGUGUCAAAAAUAAAGGAGGUAGUUAUUAAAAUUUCUGUUCAGCUUCUUAAAAAAAUUCUAAGUGUUCCCAGAGUAGGUGCAUUAUCAGGCCUUCAGAAUCAUUUCCUCUUCAGAAUAGCAAAGUGGUAAAGGCUCAAAUAUUUUAAAAGUACAUAUGACAGGCCCAUGCAUCCUAUCAACCUUUAAGUCCCUUAAUUGUAAUCUCCUAAGAAGAAAAAUAUCCCCAAAUUGAAGGCUCUUGCUACUUAAGAUGGUAAUCAAACCUUUGCCAGUUAAAAUAGGUGAUACUUCUAAAUAGCAGAAGCUUUGAAUUUAUUGUUAGGUUGUAUCCCCUACAAAGCAGGUUAUGUUUCCUUGGUGGAAUCCCCCAGGUUGUUUUGCUGUCAGAAGCCAUAGUGCCAAAAGAUUGUGAUACACUUAAGGGACUUUGCUGAAAACAUUUAGAUUUAGCCCUAAAUGGGAGUCCAAAGACAGAUUCUGGGGAAUUGUGGCUCUACCUAGUGGAACAAGGACAAAGUCUGGGAUUGUCACUGAUUUAAGAUGAUUGAUAAUGUGUUGAAGCAUUUAUCAAUCUGAGUGGGGUUUUAAUAUAGAUAACGUUUUAUGUAUUUACUUUUUAAAAUCUAUGUAUUUAUUGAAUGGAGCGGGUCUUUGACCACAAUAAAGUUUAUCUAUCUAUUUAGAUUUAGCCCUGUGGGAAGACUGUGAGGCAACUACCAUGGCCUUUUGGGUACCAUGAACCUCAUUUAUUCUAUGUCCUCUCUAUUAUGUUUGGAAGAUUUAGUUCAGGACACCAACUGACAUUAUGGUAUUAUUUUGAAAAUAUCCAAGCCUCAGUCUUACUUGAAGCCACAUUAGACUUACUGCUGUUUUUGGUCAGGGUUAUAGCAACCAACAUGGUGGCUAGCGGCUACUUAUGAGUCAGGUACUGGAGUGUAGACUUUGUUUCUGGAACCAGUCUUAUUUCUGUUCCUUUCAUGAGAUCGUUUCUUCCCUUUAAGUGAUGGUUUGGCAUAUGCUUAAUCUUCUUAAUAGUUGCAAAGAAAGAAUACUGUCACACAAUUUUAGAUCUCAGAUACUUCAAGAAAUGUGUAUAGAAAUGCAAAUUUCUUAGAAAGACCUUGACUACCAUCUAAGAACUCUUUACCAACAAUGGGAAAUUUCAGUAAAUUUAACCAAGUAGUAUUUGCAUAUUCUUAUUCUCUCUGAUCAGUACAAAUUUCUCUAGUUCACCUACAAAAACUCUUUUAAAUAAAGAGUUCUGCCCAUGAACCUCUCACAUAUUUACAAAGCCAGUGGUGCACCUGUGUCUAGUCACUAUUUGCAUAGUCCUGUCCUAAUGGCCUUCUCUUUUGGCAUCUUUGUCUCCAAGGCUAAUCAGGACCUGCAGAUAAUUCUGGAGCACUAUGAAUUCCUAGUGAAUUGCCUUGAAAGCCAUCUACUUACAGCCAUCACAUUACCUCUAGUGACUAGGUACUAUCAUGGACACAUUCCAGGAUCUCAUUUCAUUUUUUUCUGUAGAGGUUCAGAAAGCUUGAACAAACAACCAGACAUCUCUGAUACUACAAAAUAAUGAACUUAAUGGGUCUCACCCAUGUCUUGGUCAUGGUGAACAUUGUUUGAUUUGACCUGUUCUCAGGAGAACAUAUUGGCAUGACCAAGGCUUCUGAUCAAUGCAGGAAGUAACCAAGAGUAUAAAUUGGCUGAACUUCAUUUGUUCACUGUAGUACUUCAAGCAUUUACACCUAUUGUCUGUGGGGCUUGCCCUAGACCUGGACUAGGGUGAUCCUUUGUACAAAGACUCUGUGUAACUCCCCUGACUUAGGUGAUAACCAGGCAGCUCCAGUAGCAGUUAGGAAGCUACAUUGGGUUGUUCAGCUGUUCAGUGGUGGGUUGUACCUUGCUCAUGGAGCCAGAGGAUAAAGGCAUCUGCAGGCACCAGUAGGUGGAACCACAGCCUGACACUCGGGAGAAGUAUACACUUCAAGACCAUCAGCAGCAAGGCUAUUUGAGAGCAAAAGUCUAUUUCAGAAUUAGGGGUUCAUUGAAGCCAAGCAUUUACCUUGCAACUGUACCUGGUAGUGGGCUGGGAGACUUUAUCAUAGAUGCUUUCAGUUGAGAUCAACUCAUUGCAGAAACAACAUCUCUAUUUCAUCUGUCACUACUUUGCAGCCUAGUUUUCUUGACUUUGGAAUUGAUCUCUUGCUUCUGAUCCCUGGACUUCUGAGAAGAGUCAGUUCUUUGGAUUGUACUUGAUUUGAAUGGCUGCCUGUGCUUGACUUCAAUUCUACCUUAGACUACUUUGGGCUACCCUUGUUCUUGACUGGUAAUACUGUGCUCUUGACCUCGGCAUGCUUUCUGGCUUUUCUGAACAGAUUUGCCCCUUGCUUGGCACAGGACUGAGCUUGUCCUACUCAUAGCAUAGGAUCAUAACAUCACUUUUCCUAAUAAAGACAACAUUACAUCUGUGGCACAGUAGGCAAGAAGUAACCAGCUCCAGGACUUUUCCAAACUCCAUAGUCCUGCUAUCAUGGGUUGAGAACAGUCUACAGUCAGCAACAGCUUGUUAAAUCUGAACAUGAGGGUAGACAUCUUCAGCCACCAAACUCCAAUCAGAAGAAUGGAAUCUGGAUCUGUCCACCUUCAUAGCAAUCCAGAAGUAAUUAAGUUCUCCCAUACUGAACCUGUUUGUGUUGCUGGCAGUCAUAAGACAUAGAAAGUCUGAAGAGAGCAGAAUGGAGACCUUAACAUCAGCUUUGUCUAGGACUCUGUUAUACAUACUUCCUCCAACUCUACUCAUCUCUGGGGUUCUGCACUAGCUUUGCUCAUAGGGUGAUCUUAGGGUGCACCUUCUGGCCACAAUCCCCCUGGUUCUUGGAGAUUCUGCAGCUUUCAUAAUUAUCUCUGUGGUUUCUAUCAGUCAAAACCAGUCUGCUCUCUCUUAGACCUAUAUAAUACCUAGUUUAGUGUGGUGCUGCUUAAGUGUAUGGAAAUUGAAAGAUUACUUUUAACCACAGGCCAGCUGGGAGAAGUAAUCAGCAUAUGCCUCACUUCCAGAAGGCAAUCUACAAGCAAGAUCUGCACUUUUUCUGGAAAUUGUUUGUUUGAUGGAACAGGAAAAAUGUGAUUGAGCACAGGACAGAAAGUAUAGAAGAAUUACUAUACUUUGUACAGGCAGGUUUGAAACGAGUCUUUGAGCCCAACACCUUGAAAUACCAGGCUGCCACCCAUGCCUUAUUGCAGGCUUCAGAUCAUUUGAGUCUCACCUGAUCUUUAAAGAACCUUUAGAAGUGUGAGUCAUCAUCUUGGAUACUAUGUGCAGCAGUCUUUCAGACUUUGCUGAAACUUCUCUUGUAUCUGCUGAAAUGAACUUUUAUCAGGAAAGGUACGUACAGGAGAGAUGUGACUCAGUUGCUACCCGUUGCCCUCUCAGCAUUUUGAUACUGUAAGCUGCAUCAUAUUCUGGACCAGUUGUGUGGGCAUGGAGUAGGAGGCAAUGUAAUGCAUUGGUUCCAUUUCUGUUUGCAGAUCCAGUUUCUGACAGUGCUGUUGUGGAAUCUUGGACCCUUGAUAAUUGUGAUGUGAGGUUCUAUGCAGCAUGAACCUGUCACCUAUGCUUUUUAAUAUCUGUAUGAAGCUGUUGUGUCUGAUCAUUGGGGAUUUGUAGUAAAGUGCUAGCAAUACGUGGAUGACACUCAACUAUAUUUCUCUGUUAUAUCGAAAUCAGAUGUGGUUGUGUAUGACUUGGACAGUGUCUGCAUGCAGUGGUGGGUUGGAUGAGAGUCAGUCCACAGCUAUUGACUCCUAGCAAGAAUUAGGCUCUAUGGGUGGUAGUUCCUGGUUCUAGGAGUUGGAUAAUUAGCUUGUCCUAGAUGGAGUUGCACUGCCCCUACAUGUACAUAAACUGGGGUCCUCUUAGACUCAUCUCUGUCUAGUGGUUUUAACAGCAAAGAAGGCCUGAGUGGUUUUAAUAGCAAAGAGGGCUUAUUAUCUGCUGCAGUUAGUAUAGUGGCUAUGGCCAUUCUUUGAUAUAGAUAGCCUGGCUGUAAUAAACUCUGUAUCUCUAAACUCAAGAUUAUUCUAAGGCCCUUUGUGUGAGUCUAUUCAGAAGCUGCAGCUAGUGUAGAAUGGAGCAACUACUUUGUUCAGCAGAGCUUCUUACUGUGCACAAUAUAACUCCUGUGCUGAAAGCUCUUUCCUGGCUGUUAGCUCACUAUUGAGUCAUGUUGGAGGUGUUGCUUCUGGUUUAUAAGGCCCUAAGCAAGUCAGGAUCAGGGUAGCUGGAGACAGGCUUUUCUAGUAUAGUUCUUCCUGUUCUCUACCUUCAGAAUGAGACUGCUUGCUUCUAGUACCCCACCGUACUGAGGUUCAUUCAGCCAUGGUAUGGAGGAAUGGUGUGAAAUUUCAUCAUGUGAAAUUAACUCCCCACUGAUAUCUGGCAGGGUCCUAGUAUGGAAGUCAUUUUCUGAACCCUUCAUGAUAGGUAGCUAAUUCAUGAAAUUAAGGUAUACUGUCAUUUCUUUUUUCUGUUCAUAAUCCUUCUACUUUUAUUUGUAACUUCAUAAAUCUAUUUCUGCUACAACUUUGGGCCACAAAAUAGUACUAAGGAAGAACCUAGAGGAGGAGAUAAUAAAAAAAAAUCUAAAUCACAUGUUUCUUGCAGUAGGAACAGAUAUAGCCCACAAUUGGAUGCUUCCAUACACUAAAUAAUAAAGAAGCACCAAGUGAACCAUGAAUAUUCAUAUGGCUGUCGAGAACAAUAUAGUGAAAGGAAUGUUCAGCCAUUUCAACCAGAUCUUAACACUAGUAUGAUGUAUUACUAUGAUGAUGGCACAGGAGUGCAGAUGUAUUCUCUGGAUGAAGUGGUACUUAAAGAAUACAUUAAACGCCAAAUCGAGUAUUAUUUCAGUGUAGAAAACUUGGAAAGAGAUUUCUUCUUGAGGAGAAAGAUGGACCAACAAGGAUUCUUGCCUAUUUCUUUGAUUGCCAGCUUCCAUCGGGUACAAGCUCUCACUACAAAUGUUAGUCUAAUAUUAGAGGCCUUAAAGGACAGCACAGAAAUAGAAAUUGUAGAUCAAAAAAUGAGGAAAAAGGUAGAACCAGAAAAAUGGCCAAUUCCGGGUCCCUCUCCAUGCAGUCUUCCACAGACAGACUUUUCUCAACUUAUUAACUGCCCAGAAUUCAUACCAGGCAAAGCUUUUGGCUCAUAUACUGAAUCUGCACCAAGUUCUCCAAGAAUGGGAAUUUUAUGUACUAAGAAAAGUACUGAAACAAGUAGCCUUCAAACAAUGUCUAAAGGGUUAUCUACAAGCUUGCCAGAUCUGGACUCUGAACCUUGGAUAGAAGUGAAAAAAAGACACCGGCCAUCUCCAGCUAAGCCAAAGGAAACUGUGCUGACACUUGAGGAAAAGUUGGGGCAUGAGCAGCCACAGCCCCUGCUUUCAGAGGAGCAAGAACAAGAAGAACUUGAUUUCUUGUUUGAUGAGGAGAUGCAACAAAUAGAGGGCCGCAAAAAUACAUUCACAGAGUGGUCAGACAGUGAUUCAGAUUAUGAACUUGACGAUCAGGAUUUAAAUAAGAUUUUGAUUGUAACGCAGACACCACCAUAUAUGAGAAAACAUCCUGGAGGAGAUCGCACUGGCAACCAUGUUUCACGGGCAAAGAUUACAUCAGAACUUGCCAAAGUUAUUAAUGAUGGCUUAUACUACUAUGAACAGGAUUUGUGGAUGGAGCAGAAUGAAAAUGACUGUGUUGCUCUGAAGCAAGAAGUUGAAAAUUUUAAAAAAUUAAAUCUCAUCAGUAAAGAGGAAUUUGACAAUCUUACACCUGAGCAUAUCAUUGAUCCAAAUCAAGAUCUUCCUCCUGGUCCUUCAAGGUCUCAAGAAGAUUUAACUGAAGAGCUGGCUUGUAAGUUGUUUGGCAUUCAAGAAAUACCUCCAAAAACAAUGGCUCGCUCAUUGCCAACAGCAGUUCCUGAAUCUCCUAGAAUCCACCCUACCAGAACACCUAAAACACCUCGUACACCAAAACUUCAGGCUCCCAACAAAGCACCAAGAUUCUAUCCUGUGGUUAAAGAAGCAAGAUCCAUUGAUGUUAAGACAAGAAGGAAAAGAAAAACACGGCAUAGUACUAACCCUCCAUUAGAAAGUCAUGUUGGCUGGGUAAUGGAUUCUAAGGAUCACAGGCCAAGAACAUCUUCUAUAAGCAGUUCAAAUACAUCACCUCUGGAAGGUGCUCCACUAUCAGGAAGUUAUGGAUGUACCCCUCAUUCACUUCCCAAAUUUCAGCAUCCUUCUCAUGAACUUUUAAAGGAAAAUGGUUUUACGCAGCAAGUGUACCAUAAGUAUCGCCACAGAUGCCUAAAUGAAAGAAAACGGCUGGGAAUUGGCCAGUCUCAAGAAAUGAACACACUCUUCCGUUUCUGGUCCUUUUUCCUCAGAGACCACUUUAACAAGAAAAUGUAUGAAGAAUUCAGGCAACUUGCUCUAGAUGAUGCAAAAGAACACUACAGAUAUGGUCUAGAAUGUUUGUUCCGGUUUUACAGCUAUGGGCUGGAAAAAAAAUUCAGACAAGAGAUCUUUAAAGACUUCCAAGAAGAAACAAAAAGAGAUUAUGAAUCUGGUCAGCUGUAUGGUUUAGAAAAAUUUUGGGCUUAUCUAAAGUAUUCGCAGUCUAAAACUCCACCUAUUGAUCCCAAACUUCAGGAAUAUCUAUGUAACUUUAAAAGAUUGGAAGACUUCAGAGUUGAUCCUCCCAUUAAUGAAGAAUCAGGGAGAAAAAGGCAUUCAACUGGUGAGGAACGUGACUGUCAUAAACAUCAGUCCAAUGCUUCAAAGACCCUUCCUGGUAAUUCCACAGCUGCCUCUCAGGUGUGGGUUCCAAUAAACUUUCCCACUACAAAUACUGUACAGGAGUUGAGUAACAGCAUACACCAGAACAACACUGCCACAAAAUCAAGAAGUGAUAAACCUGAGCAGUAGAUUCAGGUUAUCAUUAAGUUUGAACCUUGAAAUCAACUCCUAAUGCUGGUAUUCUAGCUCAAAGAUCUUCCAGGGAGCUAUUUUAAGCUGGAUUAAAAACAAAUGUAUAGGAAAACAAAGGAUUGCAUUUGCUUUCUCACAAGAUAAAAGUUCAAAAUAUAUCCCCUUAACCAAUUGUCCUGGUUUCAGGGAUCCUAAGGGAAUACGUUUAGUCUCAUUUUUGCUGCCCCUGACCUAUUGUUUACAAGAACUGCAUUCCAUUACAAUAUGCAAAUAAUACCUUGGGAUGCCUUAUAGUCCAGCUCAUUCUUCUUAAAGAAGUAAUGGUAUACGUAUGGUAACAUAGAAACUUUUUAUCAUUCAGAUGUUCCAUCAUUAAUUUUUAAAUGGAGAACAAUAAGUUGGCAUAUAUUGAUAGUACUAUCAACAUCAACUUUUCUUCAUAACACAUGCACACUCCAUGCUGUAUAGGACUGUGCACAUUUGGGUGCUAAAAUCUUGUUUUGCUUUUUAGUACUUUUAUUUCAGGAUCUCUGUGAUUUUCAGUUGUGUAUGGAGUAUAGGCAUCAAUCUGACUUGAUUUUCAGGGUGUUCUAUUUAAUGUUGGUUCUUAUUUGUACUUUAGCAAAAGUAGAUUGCAGAGUAGAAGGGUAUUAUCAUCUACAUUGUAUCUACAGUAGAAGCUGAAGGCUAAAUGGUGGCUCUCUAAUCAGCCUCCAGUUAGAAGGGUUUUUUAAAAUUUCCUUUGCAGUAUAGGUAAUCUUCAAGGAGAGAUUAUUUUUAAAUUUCCAAUUGAUUUUUUUUAGUAUUUGACAGUUUUAAUUUAAGAGGAAAGUAUAAACAAAUGUAGCACUUGUUCUAAAAAAAAAAGAUGUCAGAAUGGCACCAAAUAUGGAUUAGUAUAAAAUUUAAAUUCCAUGAUUAAGACCAGCUGAAUUGGUGAAGACAUCACUUUCCUUAAAUACAAAUGAUUUAUUCAAAUAGUUUUAAUACUUGUUGUGGGGUGAAAGUUAACAGGAUGAGUCAUCUGUGAUUUAUGACUCGUUUCAGCAAUUGUGAUUUUAAUAAUAAAGAAAUAGAAGGCUCUCUUCCUUAAAGUGGAAGGGGUAGUAGGAAUAGAUGCAUUUUAUUAUAUACAGCAAAACAGAUAGUUGGCAUUUUUCAGGUAACUUUAUAGAAAUAAAGCCUAAUACUGUUUAAUGCCUUGUUACUGGGAGAUAACGUAACCAAUCCAGCAUUUAGUUUCAAUAGAUUUUUAUGCUAUAUAGUUGGAAUUUAUUACCAUUUUACUGUCUUGUCAAUCUUAAUAGAACAAUUAUGAAUAUAUGUGCAUAUGAAUAUAUGGAUUUCCCAGUAAUUUAUUUCUACAUAACAAGCUAGCCUUUGAAAACUGCUCUAUUUUGCAAAGUUACUAGGAACUGAUGAUACACACUUUAUAUAUAGCAUCUUUUCAAUGUGUUGAAGUUAUUCAUCUCAAACCUGUGUUCUAUCUAACCACCUCCUCCAUGAAAAUGAUGCAAUUGUAAAUUUUGAUUUAAAUUGUAUAUAAAAGAAAUAUAUUUACUUUCAUUUCCUUGAAUGAAAUAUGUGCAUAUAAGUUUUUAUUAUGCAUAAUUUGUGGUAUCUCUGCAGAUUUUAUAAAAUAAAAAGUCACUGUGUAGUGUUGUACUUACAGUUUUAAUUUUUUAUGAUACCAGUUUUAUUAUAGCUGAUCUCAAAUUUGUUGUAUCAAUGAAUUACACUACUCAGGAAUAGGGACUUGAAUUGUGUAACCAGACUUUAAAAAUGUUUUAAGUUAUAAAAAUGUAUUGACUUAAAUUGUGUUAUGUUGCAAAACUUCAUAUAUUUACCAGGUAUUAGCAGUGGUAAGGAUACUGUGCUUAAUAAAGGAAAAUUCAGAGUGUUGCUUUUGAAUAAUGGGACAAGAUAUUGGGACAAAUGGAGAAGUUAUUGGCAUAGGUGGAACUGCCUGUUCUGUAGUUGCCCAAAUAUUUUAAAAGUUUCAUCUAGACAUGGACAGUGCAAUUACAGCUUCUUGAUCUCUUCUGGUGGCAGCUCAGAAAUGUUUACAUCUGGCAUUCUCUUGAGUUCACAAGAAAAAAAUAAAGUUGAGGGAAAAAACCUUAUCUUUCCUCUUAUUCUAAGUACCUGCACAACUUGUAGUCAUCAGCCUUGUACAGCAACCAGCCAGCUAGAGGCUUGCUGAUCAGGGGUUUGUCAGGACAUAGCUGGGGACUACAUUUGACUAGUCAGCCUUCCCCAGCCUUGUGCCUCCUAGACACAUUCGGACAGCAACACCCAGAAUUCCCCAUCAAUGACCCUGCUGGAUGGGAAUUCUGGGAGUUGUGGUCCAAAUGCCCGAGGGCCACCAUUUGGGGGAAAGCUGAACUAGAGGGAUCACAAGUUGUGCAAGGCAGGACUGUGCUCCAGAAAAUUACAUGUAAAGUACGUCUACAUGAUAAGAGUUCUCCACUCUUCUUGGCAAUCUUUAUUCAUCAGGAGCAGAUUCUUGGUAAAUCAUGUCAGAAAGAAGAGUAGCAUUCCACAGUUUAUCCAUUAGCCUUUGACCAAAGCAAGGUUUUAAUGUUUUGUGUUUUUCUCCUGAACUUCAAUAAGUUUAGUUUGGUAUUGUAAGGUUGAAAAUGAUAGAAAGAUUAAAAAAUGCAUAGAAAUACAA